AAAAAAAAAAAAAAAGGUCACUUUUAUAAGAAAAAGAAAUUACUUUUUGCAAAAUCUUCGAUAUACAAUAAAAUUUUUAUAAACCGGGAACAUGCAAAAGGUUUUGUUCUAUAUAUACCUUGGCUCUUCCACAUACAAAGUAUUGCCCAAAAAAAUCCUACAAUAUGAAGGAGAGUAACAACGAAGAAAAUCAAGAUCAGGACUCUAUCUUCAAAGGGUAUUAUCGCGUCAAGGAUUCCAAAUGGGAAAAGUCCCCUCCAUUAUUAGUGAAUGCAUUGAAAGCAGCAGCAGAACAACAAAACGUAGCAACAUUUCACUUUCCUGGACACAAUAGAGGUCAAGCAGCACCAUUGUCAUUGAUUCAACUAAUUGGUGAUAGACCUUUUCUUCAUGACUUACCUGAGUUAGAUAACCUUUCGACUCCAAAAGGGCCUAUUUUGGAAGCACAAAACCAAGCAGCGGAGGUUUUUGGGGCGUCGAAAACAUGGUUUCUUGUAGGAGGUACAACUUGUGGCAUCCAUGCUGCUAUAAUGGGUACUUGUAGUCCCGGAGAUGCCCUGAUUCUACCCCGCAAUUCUCACAUUUCAGCAACAUCAGCCAUGGUUUUAUCUGGAUUGGUUCCGAAGUAUAUAUUUCCUGAGUAUGAUUUUGAUUGGGAUUUACCUACUACAGUCUCUCCAUCUCAGGUAAAGAAAGCAAUUGAAGAAUUGGAAUCAGAAGGCCUCAAUCCAGGUGCAGUUUUUAUCACAUCCCCUACAUAUCAUGGGAUAUGCAGCAACCUAAAGGAGAUCUCUACACUAUGUCACAUCCAUAGCAUUCCACUUAUCGUCGACGAGGCUCACGGCGCUCACUUUGGCUUUCACCCAUCGCUUCCGUUACCGGCCCUCCAACAAGGUGCCGAUGUAGUUGUACAAUCAACACAUAAAGUGCUACUCUCUCUAACUCAGUCAUCUAUGUUACAUGUAUCGAGAAAUAGCAUCAUAGACCAAGAUAAAAUCAGCAAAUGCCUUCAAACCCUUCAAACAACUAGUCCAAAUUCUUUACUUUUAGCUUCACUAGAUGCAACUACAGCUCAACUGAAAGAAAACCCAUCAACUAUUUUCGACAAUGCUAUUAAUUUAGCAAUUGAGGCUAAACACACAAUCAAACAAAUCCCAGGAUUCGUCGUCCUUGAUUAUCCGUUCAUUGACCCUUUAAGAGUUACUAUUGGAGUCUUUAAUCUCGGUUUUACUGGCUAUGAAAUUGACGACUUCUUAUAUAAGGAGCAAAGAGUGUUAUCUGAGCUCCCUGGAUCACGCUUUAUCACAUUUCCAUUCGCUCCAGGAACAUGUAAAGAACAUGUAGAUAGGCUAAUUUUGGGGUUUAAGAGCUUUAUAUUGUCACCAACGUUCAUCCAGCGUCAUCAUCAAAGGUCUCAUACUCUCUCACAUUCAAUUAUUAAUCGCGUAAACCUUGAACAAUGGAGUGAUGUUAAGAUUAAACUCACUCCACGAGAUGCUUUCUUUGCAAAGAAGAGAUAUGUGGGUAUCAAAGACGUCGUUGGAAAGAUAUGUGGGGAAUCGAUAUGUCCAUUUCCACCCGGUGUUCCGAUAAUUACACCGGGUGAAGUGAUCUCUGAAAGGGUUGUACAAAUUUUACAGCAAUAUAAAGCUGAUAGUACUACACUAGUUGGAGCUUCUGAUCCUCUUUUGUCUUCAAUGCUUAUUUGUGAUGUUUAACUGUAUGAUUUAGCUUACAUAGUAUCUUUUAUAUGAUAUUUAUUUAUUAAAGAUGAUAGUGAGCUAGAGUUAAGAACAGACAUG